GGGAAGUAUCAGUCGACUGUCGAGCAUACAGCAAAGAGGUUGGAUAGUCGAAUGCUGGUCGAUCGACACUUCACUAAACAAUUCAACUUUUCCAAAGUAUAACUGAAGAUGAAAAAAAAAUGUUAACAACGGUUAAACAAUGACUUAUUCAUCAAUGGAUUCUAAUUAUUCUUUUAAUCUAGUCGAACAUGUUCAAGAUGUUAUACAAAUUAAUAGCACGAGACCUUUCGUUUUACCUUUGUGGCAGCAAGUAAUAUGGAGUUUUGUAUUUGGCAUAAUGGUAACUGUGGCUGUGAUAGGUAAUACCAUAAUCAUGUGGAUUAUAAUUGCUCAUCGUAGAAUGAGGACUGUGACGAACUAUUUUCUACUUAAUUUAUCAAUAGCCGAUUUUAUGAUGGCAACAUUUAACGUUAUAUUUAAUUUUGUAUUUAUGUUAGAAAGUCACUGGCCUUUCGGUUUAGCUUAUUGUAUUUUUAAUGGUUUUGUUGCUAAUGUUACGGUUUCUACAUCCGUUUUUACUAUGAUGGUUAUGAGCAUUGACAGAUAUAUGGCGAUAGUUCGGCCAUUGACACCACGUAUGUCUCGAAAAACUGUUUGUUUGAUUAUAAUUACUAUAUGGUGUAUGUCUACGAUAUUAGCAUUACCUACAUUAUUAUAUUCAACUGUUGUGUCUUUCAAAUAUAAAUUUGAAGAGAAUAGGACUUUGUGUCUAAUGUUAUGGCCUGACGGACACAUGGGAACAUCGAAGAAAGAAUAUUGGUACAACGUUGUGUUUCUCUUAGUAACUUAUGUAAUUCCAAUGAUUCUCAUGGCUAUUACUUACUCAAGAAUGGGAAGUGUGUUAUGGGGAAGUGCAAGAAUUGGAGAGACGACUGAUAGGCAAGAAACAUUAAUUAGAUCAAAGCAAAAGGUAGUCAAAAUGUUAGCUACAGUUAUAAUGCUUUUUGGCAUCUGCUGGUUACCGUAUCACGUCUAUUUUCUGUACAUUUAUCACGAUAAGGAUGUAGUACAAGCUGAUUACAUACAGCAUAUUUAUCUUGGAAUAUAUUGGUUAGCCAUGUCUAAUUCCAUGUACAAUCCAAUUGUUUAUUAUUGGAUGAAUGUAAGGUUUCGAGCCUACUUCGAGGUAGUUUUGUGUUGGUGCUGGAGUAAAAGACAUGAUCGUCGACACUCACGCCCAUUGAAUCUUCAAGAAUCGCGUACAUUAUCGACGAGGACAAGAUCGUUCAGAUUGACAUUAUCAAAGACAUUAGGCAUUAAAAGGAGCUUCAAAGAUCGUCACAUUCCAAAUAACAUCGAUUGUCACCAUUGUUAAACGAAGAACUUUGCUAUUUUUGUCUUUAAAUCAAUUCAAAUCAUCACAAUCUUCAAAAAUAAAGUCACUAAAAAUACCUCUUUUGGAAGAAAAUUAUAUCGAAAGAAACCUUACAAUUUAUUUUCUUAUUUGCAAAGCACUUUGCAUGUAAAAUUAACUAUUUUCUGUUCUGUAAAGCAAAAUAUUUUCAUAAAAACUCAAUAUUUUUUUUAAUUUCAGAACUAUUACAAACCUGUUUUAAGGUUUCCAAUGCCUCAUAAAAUGUGAUUUGUUUCUUCUGUUAAAAA